AUGAAGGAAAGACUCUACAACCUAUUUUUUUCAGAAACGGAUGAAUGUAAGUCCAAUCCAUGUCUUAACGGUGGAACAUGUGUGGAUGGAGUUUACAACUUUACUUGUGUGUGUCCAAGCGCGUUCGAUGGAAGGCGUUGUGAAGCUGUUUCAAGAACGUCGUGCAAAAAUCUCCUGGCAGCUGGUUCUACCUCAAGUGGAUCAUAUUCUUUGAAAGUCAAUAGCAAUUCUUUUCAGGUAUAUUGUGACAUGUAUAACAAUGGCGGUUGGACUCUCAUCUCUCGUUUCUCAAAUAAUGAUGGUAAAAACUGGGUCAAAUACAGCGGGGACUGGUGGUACGACCGCACAUCUUCUUACGGCAGCGUUACCAGCACUUCAAGCAACUACGACAUGAUAUCCCCUGCAUUCUGGCUAGUCAAAGGCGAUUACGUCAAAAUAACCCGAAGCGAUGACAGCUCCAACACAGCCUUGUUAGCAACCAGAAGCUGCAUUGGAGGGAGAACCUUCAGGAGUUUCUUAGCAAGUUACGGUAACUUCAGAAAUGGUGCUGUCUGGAACAAUAAUGCGUGUCGCAAAAGUUGUUACAUCUACAAUUAUGGUGGCAGCUAUUCUUCUACAACGGGUUUCAGUCAAAUGCACUGCAGCAGCAAUCUUAAAAGUAGUCGUUACCUGUCAUUCUGGUGUGACUGGGAUACUGGUGAUGGAGCAGUGAUGAUGAUCGGUGGAGGAGGAGAUGGCUGUAAAAGGGCAGAUCAUGGGAUUGCUAUCACAGAAGAAAAUGCUGCCCGGUUUAGCAGUAACCCUAGCGGCUGCGAAAGAGACUUUGGUGAUGACUGCAGCUACGAUAACCACUACUCUCUCAAUCUGUGGAUUAAAUAGUUAGAUGGUGUCGUCCGUUUUUGUAUGCAUCUUGGAACACAUUGGCAAGUCUCUUAGAAGCUAACAUGCAUUGAAGAGCUUUUGAUUAAACCCAACCUCGUUACAAAAGCUAUUGUGAUCGUGAUAGUGAAACUCGUUAAAGAAGCUGCUUGGCGCAAAAUAUGUCAUAUUUUUGGCGAACUUUUACCAAAUAGUAAACAAGUGUGUUAGUUUUAAAAACAUAAGACUAUAAUCCUUUAUAGAUUACAAUACUGUUUUGCCUUUGCUUUAUAAUGUAGAAUCACUUUUCAGCUAUGAGCAUCUUAUAGUAAAUGCAUUGAGAGAAGGAAAGCAUAUACGACGACACCAUUGCAAAAUGGGUUGAAUAAACUUUUUCUAGAAUUUAAUGCAUUGUAACCUCUUUGACGCUCAAAGUGGUGAGGCUAAGAAAGGGAACUAUAAACACCCCCUCAAUUUCAAUAAAUUGCUUCACAAAUAAA